CUCCUCUUUCCAGUCAGUCGAUCCUUACCUUGGGUAUUGUACGGUUGAGUCGACGUAGGUACACGUCAUAAAUUUUUACUUGUCGGUGCCUUCGGUGAUGUCGAAAUGAUUUCCAGCUGUCAAAAUUAAUCUGUACUUCCAUCAGCGAUAACGUUGAGUUGUGUUUGAUUAUUGAUAGAAGAAAAUUAUCAUAAUAAAGUAUACGAUGAAGAAGUUUUUAACGUUGAGUUUGGUGUUACUUGUCGUGCAAGUGGCUGUUGCACCUCCGGUGACAAAAAAUAAAAAAGAUGAAGCUGAAAAGGAGAAGAAUGGAAACGAAGCCGUAGAAUCUGAGGAAAUGGAAGAGGUGAUGGAGUACGCGAGGUACCUCAAAGAGGUAGUGCAGGCUCUGGAAAGCGAUGCAGAUUUUCGUCAGAAACUGGAAAAGGCCGACGAGGCUGAUAUAAAAACGGGAAAGAUUGCCCAUGAACUUGAAUUUGUAAAUCAUCAAGUCAGGACGAAACUUGACGAGUUGAAACGCCAGGAGCUUGAAAGACUCAGGCAUUUGGCCCUGAAAGAAUAUCAGUUGGAAAACGGCCUGGAUCCAGCGCAUCUUAAGAUCGCCGAGCAUCUGGAUCACGAGAAUCCCCAUACUUUUGAGAUCGAUGAUCUGAAAAAACUGAUAGCUAAAACGACUGAAGACUUGGCGGAAGCAGAUAGAAAGAGAAAAGAAGAAUUCAAAGAAUACGAAAUGCAGAAGAAAUUUGGGCAAGAAUUAAAAAAGACGGGUAAUGGUAUGGACGAAGAACAGAGAAAGAAGUACGAAGCCGAGCUUCAUUUACAGGAGGAAAAACAUAAGAAACAUGAGCCACUUCAUCAUCCCGGAAGUAAACAGCAGCUUGAAGAAGUUUGGGAACAGCAGGACCACAUGGAGAACCAAGAAUUCGAUCCGAGGACAUUCUUUUACCUACACGAUCUCGAUGGAAACGGCGUCUGGGAUCAAAACGAAGUUAAAGCUCUUUUUUUGAAAGAACUAGAUAAAAUGUAUGCCAAAGGCGCGCCGGAAGACGAUUUGCGAGAACGUGCAGAGGAAAUGGAGAGGAUGCGGGAACAUGUUUUCAAAGAGGCCGAUCUCAACAACGAUAUGCUCAUAAGCUACACAGAAUUCCUGGAGCAAACAAAAAAGCCUGAUUUCCAGCAGGAUGAAGGAUGGAAGGGGCUCGACGAACAGCAGAUCUUUUCCGAACAAGAGUAUGAAAAUUUUGAAAGGCACAGGCAGCAAGAGAUCCAAGAUAUGAUUGCCAAGGGAAUCCUACCCCCGAAUCCGGCUAAUUAUCCUCCUGGACAUCCCGAUCAGUUCCCACCACAACAUCGCAACGCCGAAGUUCAUCCAGGACUUCCGCAACCGGGUCACGGUGACCCUAGCAAUAUACAUCCGAACGAAAUUCCUCAUGGCCAACAAUUCCAAGGGCAACAACAUGUACCCCAGCAACAUUUCCAAGGGCAGCAACCACCGCCUCGCCAAUUUCAAGGCCAACACACACCGCAGCAUCAACAAUUCCAAGAUCCCCUUCACCAACAACAACAGCAACAGCAACAACAACAGCAACAGCAGCAGCAACAACAUCAACAGCAACAGCCACACCAACAGCAACAGCAACAGCAACACCAACAGCAACAGCAACAGCAACACCAACAGCAACAGCAACAGCAACAAUUCCAAGGGCAGGUACCGCCGCAUCAUCAGCAGCAGCAGCAACAUGCUCCUCAAGGCGGUGGAAGUCAACCGCCUGUUCCAAAUGUAAUUCCUCAUUCGAAUCAAGUACCUAAUAAUGGGAAGGCCAAUGUGGUGCAGCAAUAGCAUCGAGUGAACUCUAAGCCGUCACCGAUUCAGCAGCAGCCCAAUAUUGUCCCUCAGGUUGUAAAUGCCCAUUCAUAACUUAUUCGAACGUCACUCGCGAAAAAUAUAAUUAUCAUCGAAAAAGUAUUUCAUAUCGUCCAUAUGAUCUGUCAUGGAUACUAUUAGCAGCGACAGCGAAGCUGACCGGAAUCGUAAACGAUGUACGUAUGUACGUUUGAUCGAUAAACAUGAGAAAUAUUUGUCGAGUAUUUUAAAUGCAAGAAUCAGAGCUUAAUAUCCGUUUGGCACGGACCAAACUUCUAUAUUACCGAACAAUUCCAGCUAUAGGGCUACUCCGAACUUGUGCGUCACAUGAAGAUACACCGAACAAAAAUAAAAUAUACAAAGAACCGAUGA